CCUUGCGCCCAACUAGUAGUACUGGAGACCCUCUCUCCUCUCCACCCGUCCCUCUCUCUCUCUCCCUCCCUCUUCCGGCUCGGCCCGGAAAAGGGAACCUGGGCGCCUUUCCCUUUCGGGAAACUCCCUCCCUCCCUUCCCCUCCCGCGGCGGCGGCGGCGGCGGCGUCUCUAAUCCCGCGGUCAGUUCCGGUGGCCGUGAUUUGGUGCGGGCGGGUGCGUGUUCCGCUGCCUGGGCCGCCGAAUCCUGACCUCUCCGCUUCGUUUUCUGGCCUGCAGGUAGCCCGCGCGGGGCCGUGGGCCUGCCUCUCGGGCGGGAUUUCUGGCGCUGAGGUGGCCGCCCGGCGCGACUCGAGCUUGUGCUUGUGCCCGCCGACUCCAACUCGCGGCCACAGAAUCGUGAGCCGGAGGCAGAGGCGGAUGCUGCGGUGGGCCGUGAUCUUAUUACCCCAAGCGAGUGGCUAGGUCUCGGGUGCUGAUGGAAGGUGCCAGGGCGGCGGAGGUGGCCGCCGGCGGCGGGGCCGGGGAUGUGCAGAUUAAGGGCGCCAAGGAGAGCGGCCAGGCCGCGCAGCAGCAGCAGCAGCUGCCGACGGGCAGCGAGCCGGUCGAGAUGCCCGCCACGCCGCUGCCGCACGCCCGCGAAAUCGAGUGGUCCGAGCAUUUCUCCUUCUUCAACUCCAUGGGCACCGGCACCGGCACGGACGGCGUGAUGGGGCCGGCCAGCGUCGGGAUGUCGCGCUCCGAGUCGUCCAGGCCGGACAGCGUCACCCAGCAGCAGCGCUGCCUGGCGGGCAGCAACGCCGACGAGAGGGUGGAGGAGCUCACCGUCAGGAACUGCAUCAGCUCUGAGGCUCACCAGCCUGCUGCCUCUGCCGGUGGGAGCACUGGCGGCACGGGGGAGAGGCCCGCCGUUAUGAGGGGCCUCUGGGGUAACUUCACACGGAUGGCGUGGAGGACCGCCGAUGCCGCUAGCAGGGAAGCCUUGGCGGUCAGCCUUGGCAACGCCAUGGGGUCUCACAAAAUUGAUGCUUCUGGCAAGGGAAUGCCAUUUGGCCGCGGCGAAAAUGGUAAUACCGAGUUCAAUAUGUCAUUUGGUAAUCAGCAGCAGCUGCAGCAUAUCUUGUCUUCACGGCAGAAUCAGAGCGAGCAGCAUGUCUUGUCUUCACGGCAGAAUCAGAGCGAGCAGCAUGUCUUGUCUUCACGGCAGAAUCAGAGCGAGCAGCAUGUCUUGUCUUCACGGCAGAAUCAGAGCGAGCAGCAUGUCCUGUCUUCACGGCCGAAUCAGAGCGAGCAGCAUCUCCUGUCUUCACGGCCGAAACAGAGCGGGCAGAAUCUCCUGUCUUCACGGCCCAAUCAAAGCGAUCAGCAUAUCCCGUCUUCACGGCCGGAUCAACGCGAGCAGCAUGUCCUGUCUUCACUGCAGAAUCAGAGCGAGCAGCAUGUCUUGUCUUCACGGGAGAAUCAGAGCGAGCAGCAUAUCCUGUCUUCAUGGCCGAAUCAAAGUGAGCUGCAUAUCCCAUCUUCACGGCCGAACCAAAGCGGCCAGCAUGUCCUGUCUUCACUGCCGAAUCAGAGCGAGCAGCAUGUCCUGUCUUCACGGCCGAACCAAAGCGGCCAGCAUGUCCUGUCUUCACUGCCAAAUCAGAGCGAGCAGCAUGUCUUGUCUUCACGGCCGAACCAAAGCGGCCAGCAUGUCCUGUAUUCACGGCCAAGUCAGAGCGAGCAACAUGUCCUGUCUUCACUGCCGAAUCAAAGCGAGCAGCAUGUCCUGUCUUCACGGCCGAAUCAGAGCGAGCAACAUCUCCCGUCUUCACGGCCGGAUCAAAGCGAGCAGCAUAUCCCGUCUUCACGGCCGGAUCAAAGCGAGCAGCAUAUCUUGUCUUCACGGCAGAAUCAAAGUGAGCAGCAUAUCAUGUCUUCACGGCUGAAUCACAGUGAGCAGAAUAUCCCGUCUUCAUGGCCGAAUCAGAGUGAGCUGCAUAUCCCGUCUUCAUGGCCGAAUCAGAGCGAGCAGCAUAUCCCGUCUUCACGGACGAAACAGAGCGAGCAGCAUGUCCUGUCUUCACGGCCGAAUCAAAGCGAGCAGCAUGUCCUGUCUUCACGGCCGAAUCAAAGCGAGCAGCAUAUCCUGUCUUCACGGCCGAAUCAAAAUGAACAGCGGUCUGAAAGGGAUAAUGGUCUGAAAGUGAGUAGCUUCUCAAAUAGAAUUAUUGACCAGAUGAGGAGUAAGACUUUGACACCUUCAUCUGGGCUUCAGGGUUCCCCCUUUAAGCCUGUAUUGAAGGGUAAAAGGGUUACCUACCAAGGUCCACACGAGGAGAUCCAAGUUCAAGCUAAUGCAAGACCCAGAGCUCCUAUGGAUAAGAUCCCUAAGAUUCCUAGCUCAACACACGAUUCUGUGGCCAGAUUGGAUGGUACACUUUUCAGCAGUGGUGGAAAUGUUUCCGAAUCUCAGUAUGAGGGAACAAGCCUGAGGGAACUAAUUAAGCCCGCGCGCCAAGCGAUGAGCAAGUUUGAGAAAAUGCAGUUGUUUAAGCAGAUCCUUGAUCAUGUAGACAAAUCCCAUGCACAGGGUGUAACCUUACAGCAUUUGCGCCCGUCGUAUUUUAUAAUAUCAUCCCCAAACCAAGUAAGAUAUACCGGUUCUUACACUAAACAAGAUUUAUCAACCCCAGCCAAACCGGAUAUGGCCGCAGAUGAUGUUUUUAACAGAAAACGAUGCUUCGAUCAGAAAACUUUGCACCAAGAGUGUAAUGGCAAUGGACAUUCAAUCCUGAAGUAUCAGAAGGUUGGUGAACAAGGUUCUGUUGCCGUCAGGCGACCGAUACAUCCCUUCCGGACUGACCACAAAGGGGCCAACCAAAGUGAAGGUGCUGAUCUAGGUGCUUUAGGACAGGGAAAUUCUAGUUGCACCGUCGGAGGUCGUUCUAAGUUUGGCGAACCUUACUAUGGUGGUAAUGCAUCUUAUGGCCAACGUUUUCCUAAUUAUGGCAACCAAGAAUCAGUACUUGAAUUGAGGAUGCUAGAAGAUAGCUGGUACAGAAGCCCGGAAGAGCUCAGUCAAUUGAAAGGCACAUCCCCAUCCAACAUCUACAGCCUUGGGGUUCUUUUAUUUGAGCUCUUUUGCUGUUGUGAAACAUGGGAGCUGCAUUGUGCUGCAAUGUCAGAUCUUCGCCACCGGAUCCUGCCUCCAAUUUUUCUUUCAGAAAGUCCCAAGGAGGCUGGCUUCUGCCUUUGGCUAUUGCAUCCUGAUCCUUUUUCUCGACCAAAAGCAAGAGACAUUCUAGGAUGUGACUUGAUAAAUGAGGGUCGGGAUUUAUCGGUGUUAGAUAAGGCACCAGCUGCUAUCAAUGAGGAGGACACAGAGUCUGGUUUGUUACUGAAUUUUCUGUCUCAACUGAAAGAAGAAAAGGAGAUGCAUGCUGCCAAGUUAUCAGCAGAUCUUGCAAGCUUGCAGACUGAUAUUGUAGAGGCUGAGAGAAGACACUCGUUUAGGAUGGGGUUCAGUUUAGGGGACAUGGAUGUACCAGCAAGUUCUAAUGAUGUGCCAGGUACUUCAUCAAAUGCCCUGAGAGGGGCAUCGUUGUCAGGUUUGCUAACACCACCAGGCAGGUCAGGCAUCUACGAGGAGAGGGUGAUGAAGAAUUUGCAGCAGCUUGAAAAUGCAUAUUACUCCACGAGGUCCACCAUUGACACAUCUGAGACUAAUGUAAUUAAGCGUUCCGAUAAUGAUGCUUUGAGGGUCCGUGAAAACUUUAACCACAGGGAUGCCGAUGCUAUGAAUGGGCCAACAGACUGCCUUGGAUGCUUUUUUGAUGGUCUAUGCAAAUAUGCCCGGCAUAGUAGGUUUGAAGUACGAGGGAUUUUGAAGAAUGCUGAUAUACUUAACUCUCCAAAUGUGAUCUGUUCUUUAAGUUUUGACCGUGAUGAAGAAUAUUUUGCUGCUGCUGGGGUUUCAAAGAAAAUUAAAAUAUUCGAAUUCGAUGCUCUUUUAAAUGAUCGUGUUGAUAUUCAUUAUCCUAUAGUAGAGAUGCCUAGCAAGUCCAAGCUUAGUUGUGUCUGUUGGAACAACUAUAUAAAGAACUACUUGGCAUCAACAGACUAUGAUGGCACUGUUCAGCUAUGGGAUGCAAGCACUGGCCAAGGAUUCACACAGUUUACAGAGCAUCGGAAAAGAGCUUGGUCUGUGAGUUUCUCAGAGGUGGAUCCAACUAAAUUGGCAAGUGGGAGUGACGAUUGUUGUGUGAAAGUUUGGAAUAUUAACCAGAAAAAUAGCGUGGACACAAUCAGAAAUGUGGCCAACGUAUGCUGUGUACAGUUCUCGCCAUACUCCUCUCGUAUGUUAGCCUUUGGCUCAGCUGAUUACAAGACAUACUGUUAUGAUCUGAGGCAUACAAGGAUCCCCUGGUGUACCAUUUCUGGACACGGGAAAGCUGUCAGCUAUGUAAGAUUCUUGGAUGCAGAAACGCUUAUAUCUGCCUCAACUGACAAUACCUUGAAGAUAUGGGAUCUCAACCGGACUAAUCCUAAUGGAUUAUCUACUAAUGCUUGCAGUCUGACUUUGAGUGGUCAUACCAAUGAGAAGAAUUUUGUAGGCUUAUCCGUUCACGAUGGAUACAUAACGUGCGGUUCUGAAAACAAUGAAGUAUAUUCUUACUAUAAAAGCUUUCCCAUGCCAAUAACUUCUCACAAGUUUGGUUCAAUUGAUCCAAUAACCGGACAAGAGACCAAUGAUGAUAAUCAGCAGUUUGUGUCGAGCGUUUGCUGGAGAGGAAGGUCGAAUAUGGUGGUGGCCGCCAACUCUAGUGGAAGCAUCAAAGUCCUUGAGCUUGUUUGAAUGAUCUGUUGAGCAAGUUACAGGAUCUGAAUGUCCGUGAUUGCCAUGUUUCUUUGGUGACCAUAUGUUUGCUCAAGCGUUCUUCCUUGCCAACAAACAACUAUGCAUCAACACAUAUCGAGGCCGGGCAACAAAGCGGUGGAAACACACUUGUGCACUUCAAGCAACAUACAACCCUGGCCGUUGAUGUUUGCUUGAAACUCCCAAUGAAGUGUGCAACUGGAGGGAGUGAAAGGCCUCGGCUACUCUGAAAGGUAAACUUUGUAAGGCGCUUUGACAUAGUACUAGUCAGCAUUUCAGCGAGGGCCUAGGGCUAGGUUUCUGUACAGAUUUAUGGGCUUCGAGGGCCGUGUAUUUACUUUUGAGCUAGAGCCUUACAUGCUAUGUUCGCCCGAUCCGCAUCUCACGGGAAUCGACGCAGUUUUGAUGUGCAACGACUAACAGUCUAGUAUGACGGUCAAAGCAAAACUGCGGAAGGUGACAUUGUUGUUUGAAGGAGUUAAUCACGCAUCCUGAUCUGUGCGAGUGAUGCAACGAGGGUUUGUCUAUGCCUAUUAUUAUUUGUAGUCCCCUUAUUUGAAUGAAUAGAGUAAUAUAUAUGAACAUAUAUGAUUACUGUAUAUAACAAUAUACCUUCCCGAGUUCAGAAAUUCCCGCGUCGAAGGGAAGAAAAACGAAUGAACGAUUUGGGCAGGGAAUGCAAUAGUCUAUAUAUGAGUGUUGGUUGUUGUUGAUA